GCCAACGGACUCAACUCGCUUCAUACUUGCCCAAAUAUUAGUGUUUUUAUUUCAACUUAAACAACAGUCGUGUUGCAAGCUUCCACGCUAAUCGUUUUAAUUACGGUUAAAAUCUAAAUCCCCUAGAAAGCCUAGCUCCGUUGUCUCGGCAUGUGACUCCUUUGGUCUAGUAACAAGAAACAAGGAAGUGGGAAGUGGACAGGGCUUCAUUACGACAGCUAGCCAUAGUUAUAUCCCAACUACAUCUGAAUUCAUAUUGGCAUUUUCUCAUCACUCUUCGUUUCCAGUAUGCCAGACACACUUUGCAAACUGCGUGUCUCACAGACAAUAAGUGCUCCCCAUAUCCAGGCUGUAGGCACCAGUGCAGCGGCUGACUUGGAGGGCUUCAAGGCACAUGCCGUCUUCCAGGAAAUCAACAAAAAACUACAAGAGGAGGGGGAGCAGUUUGUGAAGAAAAUCGGUGGUGUUUUCGCAUUCAAGGUGAAGGGCGGACCAGACGGCAAAGAGGCCACCUGGAUUGUGGACGUGAAGAAUGGCAAAGGCUCCGUCCACAACGACACGGCUAAGAAGGCCGACUGCACCAUCGCCAUGUCCGAUAGUGACUUGCUGGCCCUGAUGACGGGAAAAAUGAAUCCGCAAACGGCUUUCUUCCAAGGCAAGCUGAAGAUCACAGGCAACAUGGGCCUCGCCAUGAAGCUCCAGAACCUGCAACUUCAGCCAGGCAAAGCCAAGCUGUGAUGGGCCGCCGCUGCCGCCGUUGUCGCCGUUGUCAAGGCAACGACCUUUGACCCCCGUGAACACAACCACUAACCCACCCCACUCAACCAAACACAGAGCAGGCAACAAAGAUUUCCUACAUCCUGGAUGGCGGUGUGAACUCUGUAGCGGACACAUGAAACAGAAAGUGUCUUGUUUUAUUGUUGCUCCUUCCAUUUCUCUUUCAGCUGUAUUUUUUUUGUUGGUUUUGUUCCUAGGUUUGUAACUCUGUAGGUUUAAAAGGAGUCUGUAGGAGUGCAAUAGGUCAUUGUUUUUAAUGCAAUUUACUUGAUCAAGUUCUUGACUGAGCAUAAUCUCUGUUACGACCACUAGAUAAGGAGGGCAUGAUUUUUUUAUUUUCGUUGUUAACAUACUCAGUACGCUAUCCACCUUAUCAUCCCUGGUUACAGAGGUGCCACCAUGCUCUCAUUGAAUUUCCUGUAUUGCAGUGGAGUGCAUAGACUUGCAUGGCAACCAUUAACCGGUAAUUCUGUGGAGUACAAAAUAACAUGUAAUGGGCGGAGCACGAGGUGGAUACCUGGAUGGUUAUGCACUGAACUUAGUAUUGGUGUGUAAUGUGAUGACAACCAGGAAAGCUGUCAAGUGCCUGUACGAAUGUGUCUGUGUGUGUGUCUUCAGUCUGUUGUUAUGCUUACUGAGUGUGUGUGUUUGUGUGUGGACCUGAAAUUCAGAUUCUUAAAAUGAUAAAGAAAACAUUCUCCUUCAAAUAUUGUCACAGACUGAGGACAGAAGACUGAAUCGGCAUCAAUUCAAGCACUAUGAAACUUAAAUAUUGCUUGGGUACUUACUUACCUUUAUUCAGCUCGUCAGUGAUGCCAUGUCAUACCAGGGCAUAGCAUAAGGUCAUUAUUAUCCGUUAUAGACUCAACUGAGUUGUCUUGGUUACUGUAUCCUGGCUGUAUUGGUACAGUAUGCUCUCUUCAAUAUGAUUUAAACCAUGUGUGAGGAUUUUCUCAAUAAUGCCCCACUUUGUGUAAGAUUUUAUACUAAAUAAACUUCAAAGAUGAUUGAAUUAAC